AUGAACGUACAAUACAUACGAAGUUUUGCAUUUACCAUACUUAAAGCUGAUAUAGAGUAAUUAAAAGUACUCAACAAUGGUAAUAUAUCACUGAAACACAAUAAGUAUUGCGAAUUUGAAGUGCAAAGUUUGUGUCGGAUUUGAAGGGUUAUUAAUUAUCCUUUCAACCAAAGCAAUACACCGGCAUCCGUGGCACAUCUGUCAAAACUGAUGCAAGCUAUUUGUCAGCAGUUGGUACAGCGUAUUGCACGGUCUGUCUCAGCAAACAUUCAGUCGGUGCGUGUUAUUUCAACUACUAUUACAGUAUUUAAGACUGUGCCAGGUUGGGGAGCAAAAAGGCCUAAGUUUUAUUUAAGAGGAGAAAUAAUGGAUCCAGCAAUUGAGGAAAAACUUGCGCCUUUUCGGCAAGCAGUGAAGGAACAGGGUGACCUGGUGCGCUCUUUGAAGGAGCAGAAUGCCCCGGAUAUCGACCUUCAAAGGGCUGUCGCAGAGCUUAAAAAGAGGAAGAACAUUCUUGAAGACAAGGAGUUAGAAUUGUCACCAAAAGAUGGCUUUGACCGUGGAAAGUUGGAGGAUCUUCUCAAGCAGAAGUUCUUCUAUGAUCAGUCAUUUGCAAUAUAUGGAGGGGUGAAUGGCUUCUACGACUUCGGCCCCAUGGGGUGUGCUGUGAAGGCUAACCUGCUUCAGGCCUGGAGGAACUUCUUUGUCCUGGAGGAGAACCUGCUGGAGGUUGACACCGCCAUGCUGACACCUGAGGCUGUACUCAAGGCGUCUGGCCACGUGGAUCGUUUCCAGGACUACAUGGUCAAGGAUCUGAAGAACGGAGAAUGCUUCCGAGCUGAUCACCUCAUCGAAAAUACUCUUGAAAAGAUGUUGACUGAUAAGAAAGUGCCUGAUGAAACCAAGGAGGAUAUAAGGAAAAUAUUGCCCACUAUUGACAACAUGAAUAAACAUGAGAUGGGUGAAACCUUGAAGAAGUUCAAUAUCAAGUCCCCAGUGACUGGGAAUGACAUCUCUGACCCUAUAGACUUCAAUCUGAUGUUUGCCACAGCCAUUGGACCUACUGGGACCCUCAAAGGGUACCUACGCCCCGAGACUGCUCAGGGUAUCUUUGUCAAUUUCAAGCGCCUCCUGGAGUUCAAUGGAGGCAAGUUGCCUUUUGGUGGGGCCCAGAUUGGAUCUGCCUUCAGGAAUGAGAUCUCUCCUAGAUCUGGGCUUAUCAGAGUCAGAGAGUUCACAAUGGCUGAGAUUGAGUACUUUGUGGACCCACACGAGAAGGAUACGUUCCCCAAGUUUGACCUUGUGCGUGACCUCAAGGUGGCGCUGUUUUCUGGCACUCUACAGAUGGAUGGGAAGGGGCCACAGGAGAAAACCCUGGGCCAGGCAGUUGCAGAUGGUACAAUUGCAAAUGAGAGCCUUGCCUACUUCUUGGGCAGGAUCUACCUGUUUCUGGUCAAGGUGGGCAUUGACACAAAGAAGUUCCGCUUCCGUCAGCACCUCCCCAAUGAGAUGGCCCACUACGCAUGCGACUGCUGGGAUGCAGAGCUCAAGACUUCAUAUGGAUGGAUAGAGUGUGUAGGUUGUGCAGACAGAUCUUGUUACGACUUGACGCAGCAUUCUAAAGCCACUGGACAGAAGCUGGUGGCGGAGAGGAAACUGGCUGAACCCAAAAACAUCAAUGUGGUUGAGUGCAAAGUGAACAAAGGUGUGAUCGGGAAAGUGUUCAAGACUGAGGCCAAGCUGAUCAGUGAGCAUCUGUCUGGUCUGGCAUCAGAAGAGGUUGAUGUGAUCGAUAAAACUUUGCAGGGAAAAGGUGAGGCAGAAAUCUCUAUCAAGGGGCAGUUGUUUACUCUGAAGCCAGACAUGCUGUCAGUGUCCAGAUUUGAGAAGACCAUUCAUGUUGAAGAGUUUACGCCAUCAGUCAUUGAGCCCUCGUUUGGUAUCGGCCGAGUCAUGUACUCGUUGUUUGAACACAACUUUAAGACCAGAGAGGGUGACGAGCAGAGAACGUACCUUGCCCUACCACCGAUCAUUGCGCCAUACAAGUGCUCAGUCCUGCCACUCAGUAACAACGCAGAGUUACUGCCCUUUAUCAGUCAGAUAUCGCGAGACCUGCUGAACUUUGACAUCUCGCACAAAGUGGACAGCUCGAGUGGGUCCAUUGGUCGACGCUACGCCCGUACCGAUGCUAUCUCGAUACCAUACGGUAUCACUGUGGACUUUGACACUCUCAAGGAGCCAAACUCAGCCACUCUUAGGGAGCGAGACACCAUGAAACAAAUCAGGGCACCUAUCUCAGAGCUAGCCGAGAUUGUUCGCGAUCUAGCCCAGCAGAGAAGAACCUGGGACAAUAUUCUCAGCACCUACCCUGUGUUCGAGCAACAAGAAUCAACAAAAUAAAUCACUAUGGUAACAGACAGUCCCUAGCAACACUGCAUAGCGCUUUCACACCUGACUUUUAAAAAUUAGUGUUCAUCAUUUUGUAAUGGCUAUACUAUUUCAGUUAUAAAAUGCUUUUUAAUGGAUUAUUAAAUAUAUUUUAUAUUUUUCUCUUUUCUUGUAAAGAAUGAGUUUGGAAGUGGUUUCGGUUUAUGCAGACAAUAACUUGAGAAAUUGUGUGAGAUCCUUAUGAAAUUUUGAGGUGGAUUAAAGAAAGAAAAAAACAGAAAAAAUGUUUUCUUCAUGACCAUUUUGUCUUUUAUGGACAAUGUCCUGUCAAGGUAUGCAUCUGACUGCUAAGGUCAACUUUGUGUAAGGUCAUUUAUAAAAGAUCUGCAUAACAACAAAUAAAUGUAUUGAUCAAUGAAGCUCAAAAGCUUUUUGAUCUUACACAUAAUUUAUUAAAUAUGAACAAGUAUUUUUGUAUUGCCAUUUUUGUAUUUAUAUGAUUUGUGGGCACGGUUAAAAUACUUUUUACUCAUUGUCAUCUUUCUUAUAUGGCUAUGUUGAUUUUGAUGAAGACCUAGUUCUAAAUGACUUUUUGGUGAUUUCAUGACAUGUAUUGCAGAAAGUGAUGGUUUUGUAAUUGUUAAUUAUUAAGAAAUACAUUUUAUUUGAAUGUUCUUUGAGACUUUUUUUAAUGACAAUUUAUUUCAUGUUUGUUCAUGACCAGGCAAAUACUAGAGUAAGUGUAGUUUAAACAAGACAAAUGUAAGUCAUAUAAUGUGUGUUUUUAUGUUUAAAUCAAAUUAACAAACACAACCUUUCAUUUGGAAAAGAAAGGUUAGCAAAUGAACAGAAAUGCCUGCAUAAAACAUUUAUGUUGCCGAUCCAAUCAUAUUGCUCAUGUGAAGCCAUAUUUUUCUUGUGUUACUCAUUCUAUUUAGCAGUCAUUUAAAAUAAUGAGAAAUAUUUGAAGAAAAAGUGGUUUAAUUUGUGUAAUUAACUUUUAAUCAUACAGAUCCACAUGAUUGUUAACUAAAUUAAAAACAUCGAUGGCCGAGGUACUGAAAACUUAAAGGAAAUGGAUCAUGACUGUUCAUUUUAGGAUAAAGUUUUUUUUAUCAAUCAAAAUUUAAUUUGAUAUUUUUAUUCAUGUGUUUAUAAUAUUCAAAUAUGUUCUGAUCAUGUUUGCAGGUAUAUUUCAUUGUAUUUUACGUCUUAUUUAACAGACCGUUAGCUUUAUUGGUCUUUGAAUUUUUUUUAGCUACAUGUACCAGAUCAAUUUCUGUUACCAUGAUUUUGUUUCAUUGGGAUAAGAAAUAAAGGGAAUAAGUUCAUUUAUCAAUGGAUUAAACACGAUUUGAAUACCCUUUUGGUGUAUCAUUAUAUUUCACUGUUGAGUAUAAUAUAACUAUUUGCAAAUCUGUCAUUGAAAUUACUGUUGAACACUUAUUACUGUACUGAUUUUUGGAUUAAUAAAACAAUAAAACAG